AUGAAUCGUUCCUCAAAUGUACCAGGUAAAGGUAUUCUGAAAUCAGGUACAAGAUCCUUACAAAAAGUUCGCAGGGUACAUUUCGCAAAUGCACCAAAUGCAAGAUCAUUACUAUCAAUGCUUAAAGACAUUUCAGCUCAAAUAAUACAGAGGGCUUGGUUAUCUCAUACAAACAAAAUGAUAUUUCGACUCCUAAACCACUGUCCUCUAUUUCAGGAAUUCUGUGUGACACAUGAAAUACUGAAGAAAGUGGCCCCCUUAGAGGCUAAGCUUAUUAAGGAUCCUACCAUGCAGUGUAAAAUUAGAUUCAGAUUUAGAGGUGAAACGUUUCCACCUUUCAUCGUGUUUAAAAUUUUUCUUCAUACUGAUGGCCGUGGUUACAAGUAUUUUAGUGGAAAAAAUGUAUUAAUGCCGUCAAGUAAGGCAGUGGUUGAUGCUUGCAAACUAAUGGGGGAAAGGAAAUUUCACCGUAUAAUUAUGGAAGAUGAAUGUAUUUUCCCGAAGUCCAAAGUAAGUGAUAUAAUGGAUGUUGUCACCAUGCAAGAUUAUGUACAAUAUCACAGUUUUUUCGAUGAGGCCCCCGCAUUUUCUGGCGGCAGAAAUAACAGCUGGCGCAAAUUAAAUCUUGAAAAUAUUCCCAGGACAAUGCUAAUGUAUGACAUAGUUCAUUAUUCAGAGUCUGGAGUGAUCUCAAACCGUCUACGAAAUGAAAUGAAGUUUCUGUUACAGAGACCAGUAAUGCAAGAGAUCCAUAAGCACCAGCUACAGAUUGUUUCUGAAAUUAGGGGUCCAUACUUAACUGUCCAACCUCUAUAUCGGCCCUACAAACAGCAAAAUCAAGUUCAAUUUCUGGGUCGUUGAUCCAAGCAAGCUCAAAUGAAAGUUGAGAAAAUGAGAAAAGUUUAUUUGGCUAAAGAAAAAAAUACUUCUGAGGUGACUGAACCAAAUACGGGCCCAUCAGGUACAAAGGAUAACUAUCAUCUCCACUCCAUCUUUUGA